UAUAUACUAUAUACAUAGAGCUUAAGUUUUUAAAAGACUAACAAAUUUUAUUGUGUGCCUUUGGUUGAUUCAAUACAUUUUAUAUAAUUUUUCAAUAUGUGGAAAUUUAUUCUUAUUAGAACUUAUAGAAAAGAAGAUAAACCGGUUUGCAAAGAAUUACUUAAAGCUAGUGUAAUGUAUUCGUUAAAUCAUACAUUUAUUGGAUUUUUAUUAGGACUAAAUAUUAUGCGUAUAAUAAAUUUAAUAUCGCUAGUGUUAAUCAUAUUACUCAUCCAGGGAGAAUUACAUCUUUAUUAUAGUAUAGUUUUAUUUUUACCGCCAAUUGUAUUAUACAUUUCAUUAUACGCAAAGUUUUUUUAUGAAGCUAGAAUUGUUGCAAAUGAAGUGUCUGAGAUUUCACGGAUUUACACGCCCUCUAAUUCUUCCCGUUUUUGGAUAGCGGAAGUAUAUGAAGAUUUAUCAGUAAAUAAUCAGGAACAAGAUCAGUCAUAUAUAUUUAUGACAGAGAAAAAAUUGAAUGAAUGUAAUAUUGAUAUAUCUCAACAUAAUAAAAAAAUUGUAGGUAUUAUGUCAGUCUGUAAGAGUAAUUGGGAACCAACAGUUGCUUGGAUAAAAAGAUUAUAUGUUCAGAAAAAGUAUAGGAGGAAAGGUAUAGGACGUCAACUUGUAAAUCGAGCUAUACAUUUUGCCGAAGAACAUAGAUUUGAAUGUGUUAAAGCGGUUAUUAAUGAAUUUCAAAAAGUUGUUAUACAUUUUUUUAAUGCUAAAAAUUUCACAUUAAAAAUUAUGCGAAAUCACUCAUUUUUAAUAUCAAUUAUGAUAUAUGAAUAUUCAUAUCUAACAAGAUAUUCCAAACAAUUUAAUUAGAUAUAUGCAUAAUGUUCUAUUUACGGCAAAAAGUUAAA